AUGCGUGAUUGAGUUGAAUGGUGAGAGUGGUUAGUGAAGUGUUGAGUUUCUCUCAUGAACCAAGGCUGUGAUGUGGAUUCAUGUUGAAAGCAAAUAACGGGGUCACUUAAACUUUGCUUGUGUUCAGCCAGCUUAGAAAGUCUGACAGAUCUAUUUGUUUUGCUGCUGCUUUAUAGAUCAGCUGCUGGGGAAAUCUCCAGUUCAUCCUGAUGUGUCUCACCAUAAACUUUUCUGAAAUAUUUCUUCUGCAAGGUUUACUGAUGUGAGAACUUCCCAACUCUACGAUGUCACAAUCUUCAGACAAGUUUAAGAUGCUACAGCAACAGCAGCAACAACAACAGCUGUUACAACAACAGCAGCAGCAGCAGCAAGCUCAAUUCUCAAACCCAGAGACUCCUGGCUAUGUGGGAUUUGCCAAUCUCCCUAAUCAAGUGCAUCGUAAAUCUGUGAAGAAGGGGUUUGAAUUCACACUCAUGGUAGUUGGUGAGUCUGGCUUGGGCAAAUCGACGUUAAUAAACAGCCUCUUUCUGACUGACCUCUAUCCUGAGAGAGUUAUACCUGGAGCUGCAGAGAAAAUUGAAAGAACAGUCCAGAUUGAAGCUUCGACUGUUGAGAUUGAGGAACGUGGUGUGAAGCUGCGCCUGACUGUGGUCGACACACCAGGAUACGGGGAUGCUAUCAACAGCCAGGACUGUUUUAAGACAAUUAUUUCAUAUAUUGAUGACCAGUUUGAGCGGUACCUUCAUGAUGAAAGUGGAUUGAACAGACGGCAUAUUAUUGACAACCGGGUCCACUGUUGCUUUUAUUUCAUAUCUCCUUUUGGUCAUGGACUGAAGCCCCUGGAUGUGGAGUUCAUGAAAGCUAUACACAAUAAAGUGAAUGUUGUUCCUGUCAUUGCAAAGGCAGACACCCUUACACUGAAAGAAAGAGAGAGACUCAAAAGAAGGAUCCUCGAUGAGAUAGAGGAACACAGUAUUAGGAUAUACCACCUUCCAGAUGCGGAGUCUGAUGAGGAUGAGGAUUUCAAGGAGCAAACCCGAACCCUUAAGGCCAGUAUUCCUUUUGCUGUGGUUGGAUCAAAUCAGUUGAUUGAGGCAAAAGGUAAAAAAGUCCGAGGGCGUCUGUAUCCAUGGGGAGUGGUGGAGGUGGAGAAUCCAGAGCACAACGAUUUCUUGAAGCUAAGAACAAUGCUCAUCACACACAUGCAGGACCUGCAGGAGGUGACCCAGGAUCUUCACUAUGAAAACUUCCGCUCGGAGCGUCUCAAACGGGACGGCAGGUUGUCUUCACAUGGUUACAUUCUCCCUCUGUCUCCUUCGAAAGGGGAAGAGCUUCCUCAGGAUAAGGACCAGAUUCUGCUGGAGAAGGAAGCUGAGUUGCGCCGCAUGCAGCAGAUGAUUGCCCAGAUGCAGGCUCAAAUGCAGAUGCAAAUGCAGAAACCAGGAGGAGAUGGAGAUAGCAGUAGUGUGCACAGUCAGCAUGUCUAAUCUGGAGAACAAAGAUUGAAGAUCACCUUGAAGCAGAGAUGGAGAGGGAUUUAGAGCGUGGAUGAUAAUGGUAGCCAGUGUUGACAGCUAGUUUUAAUAUUUAGUUCACAAUGCAGUAUUGUAAUGUUUUGUACUCUUAUUUUUGCCAAUUUUUAAAACUGUGGUAGUUUCUCUUUUUAUGUAUUGUACUGUGAUGAUCUUCCAUUACACCUUUUUCUUUGUUAAUUUUUGUACCCAUGAAGUUGUAGCUUUCUAGUAUGAAGUAUUAACAACACUGGUUAAGGGUGCAAAAGCCACUAUUAUCGGUAAAACAUUUGCUUAUAAAGGAACUGUAGCCUAUUCUAUUAAAUAAUACAACCUGGUUUAAUGUGCAAGGUGGGGAAGGUGUGGAGAGAUGAAUCGGGUAUUGCUGCUCCAUUGUCUACUGCAGAAAGAUGCAGAUUGUGUGCUUUGUUUCUGGACCUUAAUGUUUAAUACUCUUUUAUGGUGAUGGAUCAGAUUACUGUCUGUCGAAACAACAGUUACUGCAUGCUUUCUUUUCUCUAUUGUGUUCUGCACAAUAGUUUCUCUCCUCACGGGGCUUAGAAUUAAGUUAUUCCUCAAGUACAACGGUUUAAUGAAAGUCUAGUUUGAUGCCCUUUUUAGUUGAUGACUUGUUCCUUUGCUGCGAGUACUUCUUGCUAAGGGAUAGUCCUGUGAUUCUACUUGGCAGACAGUGAUUUGACAAGCUUGCUCUUUUAAUGGUGUCGGCUCGUGACAGUGAAUAUAGAUGUCUCUUGGCAGAAAACCUUACGUUGAGUUUCCCUUGGAUAAUUCUAAAUUGCCUUAUUUGAAGAGUGGUGGGAGGGUAAAAAGCAUGUCCUGCCUUCAUCGAAGGAGGGAGAUGGUGGCAUUUCGUAAUUGCUCCUGUUUCCUACAAGCCAAUGUUGUCUUCUCACAAGCUGCUUCUUUUUAUAAGAGAUGUGUACCUAUGAAAACUGUCCUUUUUUUAAACAUGGCCACUAAACUAGGUAGAACCUUUUGAAUAACUGGGCAAGAGCUUUGUUUACCUCAUGAUACUUAAAGAUAAAUAAUCCACAGAAUUCUCCAGCAUAUUGUAUUUUAAUUUACUUAUCCCUUUGUAUCUUCACUCAGUAAAAUGUUUUUAUGUCCUGUAGAAAUGGUGCAAUAUGUAUGCUGCUAGACUAUGCAAUAACAUCAAUGCUGUUGUAAUGUCUUCAGCGCAUUGUCACCAUUUGACCUGAUCCUUCACUCAUUUACCACUUUGGCAUUGGCUGGAUGGCUGGUCUGUGAUACAGAGUGCCGCCAACAGUGUGGGAUAAACUCCCACACCAGUUGAGGUUACCAUGAAGGACUCUCCUCCUCAACCUCUUCCCCUUCACCUGAGGCUCUUGUGCUCGAAUGGGAGAGCAGCUCUGUGGUCACUUUACCUUGCCUUUGACUGGGAAACUGCACACACAAGAUCUGAAGCUAUUUGUAUUAAAUACCUUCAGAUAUUUCAUUUUCAGUCCCAUAACAAACCUGUCUGCAGCCUGACAGAAAUACCCAUUUCAAAAAUCUGCAAUCUGUCCUUGUGCUCACACCAGAUUCAUCACAGGCUAUAUUCAAGUGUUACUAUGGUUUUUGAAUAGAACAUAGCUAUUUGCCUCCUUCUACUCUGCUGUAAUGAUUGCCUUUGCCUUUGUUAGGCUUUGAACUAGCUUCCUAACUGGUUAUUAGUGUGAUUGGUUAUAGUGUAUCCAACUUGCACAAGUACAGAAAUGUCAGAGACCUUAAACAUUUUACAAAGAAAACUGUCAUUAUUGAUAGAAAAUCUGAAUGAAGUAAAUUCCUUGCCAAUUGUUCAGACUUGGGUCAGAGCUUGUGCUUUUAAUUUUCCUGUUGCUCAAUGGUCUUGAGAGAUUACUUUGUACUUAUUGUUUUUGAAUUUAUUGCCUGGAAGUUUAGUUUGUUGAACACCUCCAAAUGCAUUUUUUUUCAAGAACUGGGCAUUUCAAAAAAAAAUGCUGCCUCAAUGAAUGUAGCAGAAAAAAUAGGAUGUUGCAUUUUCACACCCGGAUGGUUCUUAAUAUCCUAUUGUAAUACUGCAAAUGUAGUUUAUGCUUAUUCUUGCACAUUUUUGGUUUCUGAAUUGCUUGCAUGGCUCAUAUACCUGUACUUUUGGAGUAGCUGGAUUUUCGUUACAAGGUCCUAAUGUUUUAAAUCUCUCUCAAAGAAAAAUGCCAACUAAAGGUUAGACCAGUAGGAGCAGGGUUUUCUUGUGGGCUACAUAAAUGAAGACCUGCAGCCUCUGAUUGAGGAAAGUUGCUGUAAAGUCUGAAUCUAAAAUCCCUACUUCCAUUCCCAGUCUGAGUAUAACUCAAAGUUGCUAGUUUUAUCAGACUUUGGAUUUACUAAUCAGUGAGCUAACUGUGAAGAAAAACCCUUUCCAAAUAUGAGGGCAUGAUAAAAGGCAAGGGCAGUUGGGAUAGCUGACAGUGCAGACAUAUGGAAGAGCUGAAUAUUAUAAUAUUUGGAGGAGUGGGUGCUAGUGGAAUGAAAGCAGUUGAAGAGAUUUGGAUGAUUGACAGGUUGUGGUGAUCACAGUGGAGUGGAAUAUGGAUUGGCAUGAAGGUAUUUUGGUUGCUGAAUUAAGAAUUAGUCUUCCAUCUCAAACGUCUGACAACUUAUGGUUCUUGUAAUGAGAGGCACAAGUCUAUCACUGCGAGAAAUGAGUAGUGUGCCUUGGGCCAUAGUGAAUUCACUUCAGAUGACACAGCUCCCUAGUCCUCCAUAAACAUUCUUUGUACUUGCAGUUGCAUAUGUUUAGGUCUGUAUUUUUUCUUUAAACACUUGCUUGACACGAAAGCCAUUGUUUUUAUUUAAUUGGCAAAUUCUGUAAUUGGUGAAAAAGGGCCUGUCCCAAAGUGUGAAUAUGUUGUUCCUUGACCUAGUGUAAUUAGUUCUUUGCCAUGUUAUAAUGUCACAUACAUCCGCCCACUCUUGUAGAAAUGUCUGAUACCGAACAUUAAUAUACUGUGAAUCCAAAAAGUUUCUCGCUAUCACAGGAGUGUAUAAAGUCAUAGUAGUAAGGUUGCAUAGUCAAUUACUGUUGUCUGCAUUUAGUUUUCAGAUUGGCUCAGAUUUGUAAACUGGUGUACAAAUGAGUACUGGAAAUGUGAUUUUGUUGUCGUUUUCACAAUUUUGAACUUAAAAUAUUAAACAAACAACGAUGUAGUUGUAGAGUUGGCCAACUGCCUUGGUGAAAUGUCAUAAUAUCACUUUCUAAAUGAACUUUGAAAAAUGGGACAAUAGGGAGGAAAAGGUCAUUUAUGUACCCAACUAAUAACUAAAACUGUUUUACGUUGAAGCUGUUAUUCCUGAUGCUAGAGUGUAUGGUACAAGUUGCCUUAGAAAUAUGAUGCCAGCCUAUUGUGAGACUGAAACAAGAAACUUGCUUGGUUCCUAUCACUGGAGUAAUUUCCAAUACUAAUUCAAAUAUUCCCUUGACUUCGUAAUUUCAGUGAAAAAUUGCUAAAAAUUCAGACUUUGUUUGUAUUUUGGUUUAAUAUUGAUUUUAGAAGAGGGGAAAUCUGAGGUCAUUAUGAGGGGAGCUACAGUUCUCACAAUUAUGCAAAUUGUUGCUGGGUAAUUCUGGAAGGGUUGUGUAUUUUUCUGAUUUGUUACUUUCCGUCCUGGAGUGCCACUGAUUCAUUUCGGCAUCAAGUUGCCAAGUUGUCGAGCUUUUUUUACUGCCAAAAUAUUGACUGCCUGUGUUACUUUCACGUGUUUUUGAAGUCUUGGAUUUCAGAAUCUAUUUUGGAAUUGUUAACCAUUUCAGUAUUGUGCCCCAUUGCAAUGUAUGAAUUCUCUAGUGAUGCUGGAUUCUGUCAGAGUAUUGCCUGAUUUAGCCUGUAGGUCAACUGUAUCUGUUGGUAUGCUGAAGUUAAGGCAGUACCAAUGAAACAAUCCUGCCUGACUGGUAAGUUUAACAAUGUCAUUACAUGUAUAUUCUUGUUCACUAAAAUGUCACAAUAAACUUGCACAAAACACCCAAA